UUCUAGGUUGCCAAAAAAACCAUAAAACUCAAGUAAAGAACAAAUUUUUUUUCAAUAUUUUCUAACAAAUUUUUUUUGAAAAAAAAAAAAAACCAGAAAGAUAUGAAAGCAUUAAAUUAUGGGUUUGAGCUGGUUGAUCUUCAAACUUCAUGGCAAUCAGUAAAUCAAACCCAGAAAUCAACUUUUUCUUACUUAAACAAUGCUAACUUUCUAUCCCCUGUCUCUUCGGCAUUUCGUCGAACAGGUGGUGGGCGUAAAGGAAUUGCUCCGUCUAGAUCCGCCGUAUCAUCCAGCCGGUCGCCGGAGAUCCGACGGCCGGCAGACAGGCUGUUUCCCGGAAAUUUGUUAACCCCAAAUUCCCUUGUUCUAACUCCAACAACAACAAAUUCUAAUUUUAGUAAUCAUAGAGUGGAAGAAUCAGCUUCAGAGCUGGAGUUGUUUCUUGAAUUGGUUCCUUUUAGGAUGAGAAACUUCUUGUCUUGUCAUGAUGAGAUUGGGGAUUUGAUUGAAAUUGUUCUUGAUUUUGGAAGGAAACCUUUGGCGCGGUUUCCUUCUGGUGAUUGGGUCAUUUCUCAGGAUCCUGUCAAGCUCGAGGAUUUGCAGCAUGCUAUUUCUAAGGUGGGUGAUUUUUCGGAUGACAAUCGAUCAGGAAUUGAUCGUUCACUGCAUCGUAUAAGUGCCAUUCGGAAUCGUAAGAUGCAAAUAAUUGGGCUUACUUGUCGGGUGGGUAGAGCGGUUUCUGGGAGUGCAGAGAUCAUCCAUGAUUUGAUUGAGGGGGGAGGAUCUAUUUUGGUUAUAGGACCGCCUGGAGUUGGCAAAACCACCUUGAUCAGAGAAAUUGCAAGAAUGCUAGCAGAUGAGCACAAUAAACGAGUGGUAAUUGUGGACACAUCGAAUGAAAUUGGAGGUGAUGGUGAUGUUCCACAUUCAGGUAUUGGUCGUGCAAGGAGGAUGCAAGUUCCUAAUGUCGAUAUGCAGCAUAACGUGAUGAUUGAGGCUGUUGAAAAUCACAUGCCUGAGACAAUAAUAAUUGACGAAAUCGGAACAGAGCUUGAAGCUUUGGCUGCCAGUACCAUUGCUCAAAGGGGAGUUCAACUUGUUGGGACUGCUCACGGCAUGACCAUAGAUAAUAUAAUGAAAAAUCCUUCUCUUCAGCUGCUGGUUGGUGGUAUAGAGAGUGUUACCUUGGGUGAUGAAGAAGCAAGGCGAAGAAAAGUGCAGAAGACAGUUCUUGAGAGAAAGGGACCUCCCACAUUUACAUGUGCUGUUGAAAUGAUUUCUAGAACUGAAUGUCGUGUCCAUCACAGAUUAGAUGCAACAGUCGAUGCUAUACUUGCUGGAAAAUCCCCUCUAUUUGAAAUCCGUCACAUGGAACCUGAGGUGAAAAGCUCUGAUAAUUUGGCCAAGGUUCCUGAAAAGCAGCAGCAAGAAGAAUCUGAGUUCAUUAAGCCUGCUAAGAGAAGCGCUGAAAUAGAGUCUGAAAAUGAAGACAUGGCUGUACCUCAUCUUUCCAAGAGGAGAAACACCAAAAGUCCAAGAAAGAACAGCUUACCGAUUUUUGUGUACACUUAUAAGAUAUUGGAAGCUGAUUUACUACAAGUAGCAGAAGUAAUGGGGCUUGAGGAGGUAAUUGAUGCUACAGAUGAUAUUGGAAUAGCGCAUGCAAUCUUAGCCUCUAGUUCAGAGAUGAAGCAAAAUCCAUGGAUCCGCGGUGUUGCUAAAUUUCACCAAGUUCCUAUCUUUGUUAUCAAGUCAAAUACCAUGGCACAAAUGGUAAAGGCAAUUCGCAUGAUUCUUGGGAUGGAAGCUUUUGGCCCAAUGUCAAAGCUUCCUUCAAAAGAUGUGCUUGACAUUGAAAUCGAAGAUGAUGCACCUGAACGGAAACCUUCGUUAGAAGAGCUUGAUGCUUUAGAGGAAGUUCGACUUGCGAUUGAAUAUAUUGUGAUUCCGGGUGGGGAGGCAGUAGAACUUCUUCCUCGGCGUUCAGAUAUAAUUGCCCGGCAACUUAAGCUUGUGGAAAGUUACCAGCUGGCUGCAGAGAACUCAGGUACAGAACAGAACCCUCGAUUACAAAUUCUUCCGAUUAAAUCAAAGAAGACAACUUCCUCAAAACAUGCCAAACAUGGUUCAUCAAUUGAUGAUGAAAUAACCUCUGUAUCACUAAAGGGUGGCAAAGUAGGUACCCCAGUUGCGCGGUUGCCCCUCCUGCCUGAAUAGAAAAUAUUUACACUCCUGUAGGACAAUACCUGUAUUAUUAUGUAUCCUGUACAGUGUAAAUAUGAAUAAUCACUCUUGUAUCUUUCCAUAUUAGUUCAUUAUCAGUAAAAUUGUAAUUAUUUUAUCCAUAAACUAUUGUUGUGAA